AACAAAAAGGCGGGGUUGUACCGUCUCUUAUAGAAACAGUAAUCCGUCUCACCGCGCGUCUUAUCGGGCAGUGAGGUGUGCUUUUAUUUCGGUGCUUACACAUCCCGUCUGUGUGGCUAAAAGGCUCGGCUAUUACCCGGCAGUGUUGAUGAUAUGUGUUGUCAGCUGGGCGGAGAGGACAGCCUGCUGCGGUACAGGCUGUUCUCGGCCUGGCUCGGCACGGAACGGGUUACAGGGUCAGGGUGUCUAUUGGAACACAGUGUUCUCAUCAGCAGCGGCAGCGGUACAGCAACAGUACAGCCGGAACAUUGUGUUACUUUGUGGCUGCUUUCCAAGACCUGCCCCUUAAUUUUACACUAAACGCCCUCCCACAACUCUACUCUAUUCUACUCUCUCUCUUUUCCUCUCCGGUGUGUGUCUGCCUCUCUCCCUCAGCAGUGUCAUUUUCAAGUCUGAGGUCCAUGUGGCCACUUCACCGGCACGUCUCUCCCUCUCUUUCUUUUUUUUUUUUUAUAUCGCCACUAGAGGAGGAAAGGGGAAACGGGACAAAAACAGCGCGACAUAGUAACCACAUGGGCAGAACAUUUAGUACCCUGGAUAUGAGUCGAGAGGGGCGGGCUUGAAUUAGGAGGAAUAGAAGAAGAAGAAACGACUGAAAUUUCUGCGAUUUUCCGUGGAAGAAACUUGAAAAAAGGAGCGCAAGGACACUGUCACCGUGUGGUGCCCACACGCAGAAAUGACCACUGAUCAGGAUGUGACUAUGGACGGCCAGCCGGCCACAGCUAUGUUUGCUGCAAAGGGCAUCGAUGUAACACCUAAUAAAGACCAAGGAGUUAUCAAGGUUGUUAAGCGCCAGGGUCUCGAUGGAGAGCGACCAAUGAUAGGGGACAGAGUGACCGUCCACUACACUGGGAAGCUGCUCGCCGGAAAGAAGUUUGACUGCAGUCGAGAUCGUAAAGAGCCUUUUUCCUUCAAUGUGGGCAAAGGACAAGUCCUGAAGGCCUGGGAUAUCGGUGUGCUGUCCAUGCAGAGAGGCGAGGUGUGCACGUUGCUGUGUAAACCAGAAUACGCUUAUGGAUCUGCUGGAAAUCCCGACAAAGUUCCUCCCAGCUCUUUAGUAGUGUUUGAGAUGGAGUUACUCAAGUUUGAAGGAGAGGCUCUCACAGACGACUCCGGCGUCAUCAGAAGAAUAAAGGUCAAAGGUGACGGUUACACAAAUCCCAACGAUGGAUCGACCGUUGAAGUGCAUCUGGAAGGAAGAUGUGGAGGUCGACUGUUUGACCGCAGGGACGUCACCUUUGUUGUUGGUGAGGCUGAAGAUAAAGGCGUUCCUCUCGGCGUGGACCGAGCCAUGGACAAGAUGCAGAAAGGAGAAUGUUGUGUACUUUACUUAAAACCAAAGUAUGGCUUUGGAACCCAAGGUAAACCAGAGUACAAAAUUGGACCAGACAAAGACAUCAUUUACGAAGUUACUCUCAAAAACUUUCAAAGGGCUAAAGAAUCCUGGGAAAUGGACUUGCCUGAAAAGCUGGAUUUGGCUGCGACAGUCAAGCAUAAAGGGAAUCAGUAUUUCAAGGCAGGGUGGUACCACCAGGCAGUCAUCCAGUACCAGCGUAUCGUGUCCUGGCUCGAAAUGGAGUGUGGCACUGGAGUAGAACAGCAGAAGAGGAUACAGUCCUUUAUGCUGACAUCACACCUCAAUUUGGCGUUGUGUUUCCUGCGGAUAAAAGAGUUCUCACAAGUCGUGGAGAACUGCAACAAGGUGAUUGAGCUCGAUGAGAGCAAUGAGAAGGCUUUGUAUCGUCGCGGAGAAGCCCGUCUCCUCCGUAACGAGUUCAGUCUGGCCAUGGAAGACUUCCAACACGUGCUGCAAGUCAACCCUUCGAACCGAGCGGCUCGUGCUCAGAUUUCCAUCUGCCAGAGCAAGAUUAAGGAACAUCAUGAACAGGACAAGAAGACCUAUGCCAACAUGUUCCAGAAAUUUGCAGACCGGGACGCCAAGAUUGGGAAGACAAAGAGGAGGCGGGAUGAGAGCGUGAGGAGCUGCAUGAACGGUGAAGUGGGCAUCAAGCGGCGGCGGAGGAGUCAGGACUGUCCAUCUUGAAAAAGAAGUGACAUUUGAAAGGGAGGAGAAAAAAAGAAAGACAUGGCUUCCUUUGCUUUCCAAGCCCAGGGAGCAGAGGCAGGAACGAAGUCGUAUAAAAGCCUCUUAUCCAAACCUCUUUAUCCCAAAAUCCAACGUUACCAUUCCUGCAUACAAAGCAGAGUGAGAGCAGGGACGCUUGUUUCCCCUGUCACAUGGACGGCUCGGCUGCCAGGAAGAACCUCCCAGUGGAAUCAGUACCGCAGAAUCACUGAGCUAAGACUGACGACACUUCUAGCCCCCACCUUUUAUUUUGAAAAAAAAUCACAGAGGAUUACAUUUUAUUAGUCCUUCGGCUGCUGUGGAGAGCUCAGACGUGCCUCUACAGUGUGUUUCCAACUCCUAAACUCUACUUGCUGGUUUUCAGUCCUCUGGCUUGUAUUUGGUAUUAAGCCUUUUCUUGGGCAGCUGCAUGCAUGCAUCACGUGGUGUUUGGGAUUCAGACUUGAAACUUUGCUAUUUUUUUUAAAUUAAUUUUUAUUUUACAGUAAAUGUGCAAUAUUUACUUUGGUUAGAAAGUGUAACAAGUCCCAUUUGCUCAGUGGUGUUUUAACCAUUUCUGUGCAAAAGUAAGAAAAGCAAAAUGGCCUCCAAGGGACAGUUCACUCUAAAACAUAUUUCCCCUCUUACCUGUAAUGCUGUUUAUCAGUUUUGAUUGUUUUCAUGUGAGUGUUGAGAUAUCCACUGUAGAGAUGUCUGCCUUUUCUCCAAUAUAACGGACCUUGUUAUGAACAGUUUUCUAUCGUCUCUCCGCUCCGUUACAUAUUACAAUAUGUAGCUGGAGAGAUAGUCUCUUCACUCAGAGAACAAGGGUUACAACCUAACUGCAAAUACGUUUUUUUUAUAUGUGAAACUGCUCAUAAUAAGGUCUGGGGAUUAUCUUGAAUAACCACGUCAGGAUUUCUGAAAAGAGACAAUGCUGUUUGGAUUUUCAAAUGUAUUUCUUGGUGCUUUAAUCAAGAUCAAUAGAUAACACUACAGGUAAAAAGAAAUUCAUUUUUUGCUGAUUUGGGGGUUAACUGUCCAUUUAUCUUGCUUUAUUACAAAAUAGUCACAAUUUAGAAAAGACUGCAUUUAAUUUAAUGUUAGGAAAAACUGAAAAUACAGAAAUACUUAAAUACCACAAAUUCAGGAAAAAAAAAUUCCACUAAAAAUAAAUCUGCAAUAUUACCAUACAUCAAGUUUCCAAUCAGCAGAGGCAGAGAGAAGAAUCUGAAACAACCACAAACUACUAAAUUAAACCAAACAUAAAUCUGUAAUUCUGGUGUUCUGGCGGAUUCACUGCAUUAGGUCAUUGCAGCAGCUGAGUUAAUAUUAUUUUGUGACAAAAGCCAAAAUCAGCACAUUUUUGUUUUUUAAGGCUUAACUAUAAGACAUAGAGAGAUAACGAUGAGGCUUUUUUAUUUUUUUACGACGGAUAAGACCACAGUCAUGCACUAAAAUAAUUUAUUCAUGAAUACAUGCAUGAUGAAUCAUUUUUAAUUUGUUGAGAUCUUGUGUUUUAUACAGAUGCAUAAUGCCUUUAAUUGGGAGAACAAUAUUUCCCCUGCUUUUCUUAAUUAAAGGUGCAUUACUCAAUUUUGGAUUCUCAUUCCCAGAUUGUCAAAUACCAACGUCUGUCUUUAAUGACUUGAGAAUGAGACUCACAAUCAACUAUCUUUCUCCAGAAUCGCAUACUGCACCUUUUAAUUUGAUAAUUAUCUCAGAAUUCUGGGGGAAAAAACCCCCCAAAUAAUUAUCUCGUUAAUUCAGAAAACCAAGAUAUUGCUUAAAAAAAUCUGCUGUUGUUUUUUUCUGAAUUAACAAGAUAAUUAUCUUUAUUUAUUUUUGAAAGAGACAGCAGAAAACCUUUUCCAUGAAAACCUUUCCCAGACUCCUGAAAUAAUUAUCUCUUUUAUUCAGAAAGACAUGGCAAAUAAUGAUGCAUUAUGCUUUUUAUCAAUUUAAAACAUCAUGAAGUACUUUUUUUUUUUUUAAUGAGAAGCCAGUCUGGUAUUGUAGUAAAGCGACAAUUAACUUUAACACGCUUACAUCAUUUUUAUGGACUGAUUACAUCUUAAGACAGUGGCAGCUGCAUAAACUCUAAUAAACAAAAAAAUACAAAAAUUAAAAUAUAUAUCAAAUGAAACGUUUCCGCUCUUGAGCUUUGGUGGAUUUUAGUGACUGAGGACUUUCUUCUUCUGUUGCACUCAUUGUAUCUUUAUCUAUCAGCUCAUUGCAUUAACAAGCAUGGCACAAUCUCCAACAUAAAGUCUUCAUUCAGCAGCUGACUGUCAUAAAUCCUCAUAAUUAUGAUUAAAUGUUCUUACAAUAGGAGGCGUUUGAUCAUAACAUCACCCCCAUCCCCCACCUUUGUAUUUGACAGGAACCACAGUCAAGCUUUAAAACGGUCAGAACCACAGUUUUCUUUCACAACAUGUCAUGAAUUGUUUAACUCUGGUAAUGUGAUGUCAACCACAUCAUUUUACAUAUGUGCAGUUCUUUUUGCCUCAGUACUGGAACUGGUGUCUCUUUAUUUCACUUUUUUAUUUUUUAUCUUUAUUUUUAAACGUGUGAAUGUUAGUGGGUAGUUGACAAUGAUGCACUUUGGUGACUGUCAAACCAACACUGUUAUCUUUUCAUGACAUGUCCGUCAGUAAUCUCAAGAUGUUUUAAACAUUGGUUGGUGCAGAAUGAAAACCUUAGCUGUCUUAAAUAUUUUGUGUAAAAAAAACAAAACAAAAAAAACCAACAACAGUGUGUAUGUGUGUGUGUUAAUAUAUAUUGUUGUAUGUUAGCGAGGUUUUUAAACAGCUUACUGCUAUAUGUUUUCAAGUACUGCUGGCUCUAAACAUUCAAACAUUUUGUACAGUGGAAAUGAGCAUGAAGUACUUUUUUUCUAGCAAUUAUAAAUUGCAUUUAAGAAUUUACAGAAUAUUUAUCCCUCAGUGUCAACUACAAAGAGAUUCCCAGGCCAUUCAGUUCAUCAUUUUUAAUAACUUGACAAUGAAAAUCACAGGAUAUAAUUUGGAAAUUUUUGACAUAAGCAAGCAGUCAGUUCAGUUGACUGAACUGCAGCACUGCCGAUGUGAGAUUGUGUUUAUUAGAAACUGUUAUGUCGUACAAAAUGUUUACAUGUAUUCAAAAGAUCUUCACCCUUGUAAAGCAAAAAUGUUUUAAACCGGCAUUUAUGCAAAAGAAAUAUUUUCUGACAAAAACUACGUAUGGUACCUUUGUUCAUGUCUUCUUUAUAUAUUUUUUUAUUUUUAUUUUUUUGCACUUUAAAAGCAUUAAAUAAAUCCAAGAGUUAAAGAAA